UUCUCCACAGGUAUUACAAGAUGUCAGUGGUCCUGAUGUGCUUCUCCAUCCCCAUGUUUGUUCCUUGGUGCCUGUGGGGAGAGAGCCUGUGGCUGGGCUACUUCGUGCCGGGUCUGCUGAGGUACACCCUGGUACUGAACGCUACCUGGCUGGUCAACAGUGCUGCCCACAUGUGGGGAAACCGGCCCUACGACACCAACAUCAACCCCAGAGAGAACAAGUUUGUCACCCUUAGUGCCAUAGGUGAGGGGUUCCAUAACUAUCACCACACCUUCCCAUAUGAUUAUGCAUCCAGUGAGUUUGGCUGCAAACUGAACCUGACCACCUGUUUCAUCGACUUGAUGUGUUUCCUCGGCCUGGCAAAGGACCGCAAGAGAGUGACCCCUGAAAUAGUGCUGGCCCGGGCUCAGCGCACUGGGGACGGAAGCACCCGGAACCGGAGUGGCUAAGAGGU